AUGGAGCUCAAUCUGCUUCCCCACGCACUCAAGCCCAAUCCUUUCCUCAGCCACUCUCUUUCCACCCUCGCCGGCGCUGCACAGCGAAAUCUUACAUCUUAUUUGUUAAUUUCAGGAAAGAGAUACUCCUGUAAUAAUGCAUCAAUCUUGGGAUGCCGAUGUUCUUCGCCGUCGCCGGCGAGCUCUGUUCGAAAUUCCCCUUCGGAGAACGAGGGAAGAAGGGCACUUGUGGGUUAUCUCUUCGCAGCAGCUGCUGGGAUUUCGUUCUGUGAAGCUGCUGGUGCUGUGAGCACAAGCAGAAGAGCCCUUAGAGGAGACAAAGUACCCGAAAGUGAAUUUAAAGCCCUCCCGAAUGGUCUAAAGUACUAUGAUUUGAAAGUUGGCGGGGGACCUGAAGCUGUCAAGGGAUCUCGGGUUGCAGUUCAUUACGUGGCCAAGUGGAAAGGCAUCACCUUUAUGACAAGUAGACAAGGUCUAGGAGUUGGUGGUGGAACGCCUUAUGGAUUCGAUGUUGGUCAGUCCGAGAGAGGAACAGUUCUUAAAGGAUUAGAUUUGGGAGUUCAAGGCAUGCGGGUCGGUGGCCAGAGGUUGCUAAUAGUACCUCCUGAGCUUGCUUAUGGGAAUAAAGGUGUGCAGGAAAUUCCUCCCAAUGCAACAAUUGAGCUGGACGUUGAACUACUGUCGAUUAAGCAAAGCCCAUUCGGGUCUCCGGUUAAAGUGAUCGAAGGAUAA